GCGGUGGGCGCGCAGGUGGAGCGUGGGAGACGUCAGGUGCCAGGGGAGUCCUGUGGGGGUGAAAAGGGUGAGAGGCGAGGGGACUGGUGUAAGGAGGCCCAGAUAUGGACGAGAGGCAGGCUCGGGGUCCGCCAGAAGUGAGGAGCACCCAGGAGCAGCUUAAGUGCCUGGCAGGAGGCUUCCAAGCCGGUUAACAGGACCCUGUUUAUCAUACCCGAUAGUCAGCAGAGGAAGCCAAGAGCUGAAAGGCAUGGCUCAAACCACAAGCUGCUGGGGUCUGCUCCUCUAGGACCUGGAUCCGGAGCCCACCCCAAAGCCUGCUGACCACUGUGGGAUGCCCACCUGUGCUGAACCCCAAAAGGAUGAGGUGCCUCCAUCACCUGAGUCCUCUCCACAGCUGGGAAGUGGGUGCCACGAUUGCCCCCAUUUGACAGAUGGGAAAACUGAGGCCGCACAGGACUGGGCCUGGAACCCAGAUCUGUGUGACCUCCAAGCUAGUGCUGUUAAGACCCCUUAUCCUCCAACAAGGCUUUGGACGUGGGCACCAGUGUCGAGCAAGGCUGCAUUCCUCAAUCACAGGGCGAGUCUUGUCCCCAGGUGAUAGGUGGUACAGCCUAGGGGUUAGGUUUAGAGCUGAUGAGAGCCAGGAAAUAAAUCACAUAACUUCCCUGUGCCUCAGUUUCCACAUCUGUAAAGCAGGGAGAGCAGUACUGCCCAUCUCACAGGAUGGCUGUGAAGACUGAGUGAGUAGAUUGCCACCUGGUUGCAGCUGAAUAAACAUUACUACUAUUUCAUGUUGGCUAACAAGUGUCAUUGACUUAUUUUUCUUAUUUAAUGGACAGAAUCUAUCCAAAUGACUAAAAGCUUAGUCCAGAUUAAAACAACCAAUUAUCCAUCUAUCCAUGAACUCUGAUCUCCAAAGAAAGAAUGCAAAAUAACCUGGAGCGGCCCUGGAGCCGAUGCCUGGGUUUGAAUCCUGGCUGUGCCCCCAGCUGGGUAGCCUCAAGUUCAGGUUCUUUGACCUCUGUCUCCACUUCCUCCUGCUUUAUAGUGGUGAUGGUAACAGCACCAACCUCAGAGGGCUGCGGCAAGGUCAGAAUGAGUUAAUGCGUGCGUUUUCAGAACAAGGCCAGGAGCAGAGUAGACACUGAAGAAGGGGUGGCGUGAUCAUCAUCUUCUUCAUCAUCAUUGUCAUCAUCAUUAUCAUGUCCUUGGGUUGGUGCCGCCCCCCAGUGGGUGUUGAGCACUCGAGGGUUAAUUUCAGGGUAGGGGAGGGAGGCUGUGGGCUUGGGGCCGGGCAGAGGUCCUGCAGAAUGUGACCACCAGAGGGAGCAGCUGGACCUGAACUGGCCCCACUGACAGCGCCCAACGCGCCCUCCUGGAGCCAGGGGAGGGGGCUGGCAGAGAGUGGCCAGGAUGGGAUGUCCCCAGCCCCCAGUGGCCUCUCCUCCCACCCAGCCCCGGUCUGCAGAGCCAUCCGGUCCCCACCCUGGUGACAUCCUCCUCCUGCUCCCUCAGUAGGGUCGAGUGGGGAAUCUGGAGAGGGGGCUGGCGGGAGUGGCAGGGCGGCUCCAGCCCUUGAUGGCCCCUCCCCCUCCUGUGGGGCCGUCCAGUCCCUUCCCCAAGGCCGACCUUCCCAUGGCCUCUGACCCCCUCCUCCUCCCCACCCUACUCUGCCAGGCGCACCGGGUGUCCAGAGAACCCCAUUCCCAAACCUUCAGGGAGCAGGGACGUGGGAGGAGGCAAAAAAACUACAGGCAGGGAGCUGGAAGGGGGGUGGGGGGGGCAGGAGACAAGAAAUCAAGACACCCAGCAGUGUGACACACACACACACACACACACACACACACACACACACACACACACUCACACACAGAGGCCAACAGACAGCUACCUAAAGCCUGAAAGACUGACAGCAACACAGAAAAAGACAGAACGAGAGACAAAGACAGAAAUAGAAACAGACGAACACGCAGAUUCAGAAACAUAGCGACAGAAAGCCAGGGAGAAAGAGAAAAUUAGACACCAAGGAGAUACGAACAGGGAGAGAGGCCAACUGAAAGAAAGACGGAGAAGAGGAGAGAGAAGCCAGGGCCCAGCGUGCCAGCAGGCGGAUGGAGGGCGGCCUGGCGGAGGAGGAGACGUAGUGGCCUGGGCUGAGCUGGGUGGGCUGGGAGAAGCUGGUGCCUCAGCGAGGGGGUGGGGACAUGGGAGGGGCAGGCAUUCUGCUGCUGCUGCUGCUGGCUGGGGCGGGGGCGGUGGUGGCCUGGAGACCCCCAAAGGGAAAGUGUCCCCUGCGCUGCUCCUGCUCCAAAGACAGUGCCCUGUGUGAGGGCUCCCCGGACCUGCCCGUCAGCUUCUCUCCAACCCUGCUGUCACUCUCACUCGUCAGGACUGGAGUCACCCAGCUGAAGGCCGGCAGCUUCCUGAGAAUUCCAUCUCUGCACCUGCUCCUCUUCACCUCCAAUUCCUUCUCCGUGAUUGAGGACGACGCGUUCGCAGGCCUGUCCCACCUGCAGUACCUCUUCAUCGAGGACAAUGAGAUUGGCUCCAUCUCUAAGAACGCCCUCAGAGGACUUCGCUCACUCACACACCUAAGCCUGGCCAAUAACCAUCUGGAGGCCCUCCCCAGAUUCCUGUUCCGAGGCUUGGAGACCCUUACUCACGUGGACCUCCGCGGGAACCCGUUCCAGUGUGACUGCCGCAUCCUCUGGCUCCUGCAGUGGAUGCCCACCAUGAACGCCAGCGUGGGGACCGGCGCCUGUGCGGGUCCCACCGCCCUGAGCCACAUGCAGAUCCACCACCUCGACCCCAAGACCUUCAAGUGCAGAGCCAUAGAGCUGUCCUGGUUCCAGACGGUGGGGGAGUCGGCGCUGAGCGUAGAGCUCUUCUCCUACCAGGGGGAGCCUCACAUCGUGCUGGCACAGCCCUUCGCCAGCCGCUGCCUGAUCCUCUCCUGGGACUACAGCCUGCAGCGCUUCCGGCCGGAGGAAGAGCUGCCCGCGCCCUCCGUGGUGUCCUGCAAGCCGCUGGUGCUGGGCCCCAGCCUCUUCGUGCUGGCUGCCCGCCUGUGGGGGGGCUCACAGCUGUGGGCCCGGCCCAGCCCCGGCCUGCGCCUGGCCCCGACGCAGACCCUGGCCCCGAGGCGGCUGCUGCGGCCCAAUGACGCCGAGCUCCUGUGGCUAGAAGGGCAGCCCUGCUUCGUGGUGGCCGACGCCUCCAAGGCGGGCAGCACCACGUUGCUGUGCCGCGACGGGCCCGGCUUUUACCCGCACCAGAGCCUGCACGCCUGGCACCGGGACACGGACGCCGAGGCCCUGGAGCUGGACGGCCGGCCCCAUCUGCUGCUGGCCUCGGCCUCCCAGCGGCCCGUGCUCUUCCACUGGACCGGUGGCCGCUUCGAGAGACGCACGGACAUCCCUGAGGCAGAGGAUGUCUACGCCACACGCCACUUCCAGGCUGGUGGGGACGUGUUCCUGUGCCUCACACGCUACAUUGGGGACUCCAUGGUCAUGCGCUGGGACGGUUCCAUGUUUCGUCUGCUGCAGCAACUUCCCUCAAGAGGUGCCCACGUCUUCCAGCCCCUGCUCAUCGCCAGGGACCAGCUGGCCAUCCUGGGCAGCGACUUCGCCUUCAGCCAGGUCCUCCGCCUUGAGCCUGACAAGGGGCUCCUGGAGCCACUGCAGGAGCUGGGGCCCCCAGCCCUGGUGGCCCCCCGUGCCUUUGCCCACGUCACCAUCGCCGGCAGACGCUUCCUCUUUGCUGCUUGCUUUAAGGGCCCCACCCAGAUCUACCAGCAUCACGAGAUCGACCUCAGUGCUUGAGACCCCCAAUGGGACUCUGGGCAUGGCUGGGGCCCCUGGAUGGCCCCUUGGCUGGUUCCCGGCCCCACUUGGGGUGGCGGCUUGCCUGUCAGCUGCUGACCACGGGCCACAUUCAUCAGUCACAGGUCUAGACCUUAAGCCCACGCACCUGUGGGGGGACAUAGAGGGUCCUAGCCUAGUCGACCUCCCAAGCUGCUCACAGGUCUAAAGCAACAUCUGGACAUCUCUGCUGGGGCAGAUUCCCCAUCAAAGGCAACCUGGGGGUGCAGGCUGGUGCACUGCAUGGAGUCGAGGUGGGGGUCACGUGCAGAGCUCCAUGAGGUCUGGAAGCUCCCCUCUCAACCUGCUCCCACCCUGGUCCCCCUGAAAGCACUGAGGGAUUGAUGGCAUUCCUUUCCCAUUCUAAACUCCACACAGCCGAUCUGCUUUCCUGGAGAAGCGCCAAACUCGAAGACAACUCAGCGCUGGGCGGGUUCCCCUCUGCUGCUUGUGCGCAUGCGUGCGGCCGCCCUGGGCGCUGUGCCUCUUGCGCCUCCUGCGCGUGCGCGGGACACAAGGCGUGACAGCGAGAAAUGUCGCAGGGAGCCCGGUGCCCUCCUGGAUGGGCGACGGGGGCAAGGACAAGAAGAAUCCGAGCUCAAUAAAUGCGCUGUGCACCCGCCCCGCCCA